AUGGCACCAACAUUCCUUAAGAGCCUCCGACGGCGCUCCAGGGCGAGCUUCCGUACCGAACGUUCAACGACCGACGACUCUAGCGAAGGCGGCGCGAACAGUCAGGGCACAGGUGGCGCGUCUAGUGGUGCUGUCACUCCAGCCUCGAUCAACCACCACUCCGACCCUGCUCUCGACUUACAGAUCAAGGACACGCCGAACGCAUCGCAAACCACCUUGUCUCAAAGGCCCGCCAUCCCAAAUACCAAUCGAUACAGUGUGUCGGGCAUGUCGGGCUUGGGCGCGCCGUCAAUACACGGGCGCCCGAACCUGCCUGUUUCUCAGUAUGCUCCGAGAAUAGACAACGCGCAGGACGGGAUAUUUGUAUACCAAAAGGUUAUUCUCUUACAUGGGACCAUCGGCGACCCCAACCAGCACUCGCUUGAUGGCAACCUUACAGUCACGAAACUCGAUGACGAUUUCCCACCCAUCAGUUGGCCAGUCUGCAGCUCGCACUGGAAAGCUCUUGUCUAUCUUCGCCCAGGUCCAAACAAGAUCAGACUCGAGUUCAGCAGCCCGAAAGUGGUGAACUCCUCUACAUCGAACCCAAUCCACGCCUCCUAUCUCACUCUGCAUAUGAUACCCUCAUUGAAUGCGCCCCCUUUGCACCUGGCCAUCCUGUUAGGGAAAGACUCACCGGGCACAUUUGACACGCAUCCGGCGCGCGUCGAGAAGGAAGGGAACGGGCUAGAGACGGCAGUCAACAAAUUCCGCAUGGCCGCCUACUUGUGGCAAUCGUUUACCGCCGAGCAAAUGCUUCGACACAAAUUUGGGCGCAGGACAUUCCGUUUCGAGGAAGAAUGGACUUCAGGGACUGCCAAUCACCGCGACCGCGAGACAGGGAGUCAAAGAUCAGAAGCAAAAAUCAACAUAAUACGCUCCGACAAGACUGUUGCUGAGCUUCGGGAUCUCAACAUGGCACAGCAGCAUAAGUCUGCCAACGACAAAGAUGGCUUGUUUGGAGUUGCAAUGGAAGCGGUCAGGCAACACUUCAACCCGCGGCCCGGACAGCAUCUAUAUGUCACCGUCCUGCUCAUGGAUGCGCACUGGGAUGCUUCGCAAAAGGUCUUGACUGGGCAUGCAGCACUGGGAGGUGGAUCUGGCGAGGUGCACCUCUCCAUCUUUGGAUCGCAUUGCCUGUACAGUUACCCGUCGAGUCUCGAAGAGGUGGUACCUGCUUUUACAGACUGCACGCCAACGGACACGAACUACCUCGCCAACGACAACAAUGAAGCUGGUAGCUCCUGGGAAGCAGCAAACAUCGGAAUUGGUGCUCACUUGCAUGAAGUGGGCCACCUGUUCGGCUGCCCCCACCAGGAGAGUGGCAUCAUGCUGAGAGACUACGUCGUCUUCAACCGCAGUUUCAUAGCCCGCGAGGCCUACUCGACGCGGACAAAGUGCAAGGGCGGACUUUGCAUCGUGUCAGACGAGUGUGAUUGGCAUCGAUUGGACGCGUUGCGCUUCAGAGCACAUGCAGCCUUCAGAACACCCAACGAUCCCCCUCAACAUGCCGAUGCAAGUAUACAGGCCUACCCUUCAGAGAACGGCAAUAUCUUGGUGGUUGCACCAUCGGGUGUCGCCUUUAUCGAAAUUUAUGCUGAAGGCGAUGAUGUGUGUCACACUUGGCUUGAGUGGCCAGACACCAACGGUGCGGGUCGACAAGUCUCAAUCGCUGAGGCUGACCUGCGCGCGAAGAUCCCGCAGGCCAAGAGGAAGGGCAAGAUUAGGUUAUCGAUCAAGUCUCAUGCUGGCGGUUCCGCGGAAGUUGAUGACGUUAAACAGUUCGCCUCUAGGGAAUCGUGCGUGAAGCUGGAAGGAGGUGGUCAUGCGUUCCGUGGCAUGAGGCUAGGUCACUCAUCUAUGGAUGGGUCCCAAUCUCAUGAAGUCGUAUUCGACAGUGCUGUCAACUCCAAGAGAACCUUAUCCCGGGUCACUGUGUACCACGGCAUGGCUGUGGAUGGCCUCGAGUUCUCAUAUGACGAUGGGUCUUCACAGUUGUUCGGCAAAAAAGGAGGCAAGCCCGAGGGGGACACUGUUGAGCUCGAUGUUCGGCGUGGCGAGACAAUUACUGGCUUUCAUGUCAGGGCUGGGUUCUGGAUAGAUGGGUUGCAGAUUUUGACCAGUCAAGGGCGAAGGUCCAAUUUCUUCGGCAACCCACACGGAGGAGACGGUUAUACGCUCAUGCCUCCACGAGGCUUCGGUAUAUGCGGCGUUUCAGGGUCUUGCGGCCUAGGUAUGGACAAGCAGAAGAUGUUGCUGUCCGCCGACGUGGGCCACUUCUCUCUGGUCCGCGCCAUGCACCUUGCCGACCUUAUCACCCUCAUGAACGGAUUCUGCGGAACAAUGUCAAUAUUCUCGUCAUUGCGAUAUACCCUGGGUGACGCGGACGAGUUGGGCCAAGUUUGGCUGGCCCUGGCCUUCUUGCCGUUCGGAUUCUUCUUCGACGCGUUUGACGGCAAGGUGGCUCGCUGGAGGAAGAAGAGCAGCUUGAUGGGCCAGGAGCUUGACUCCCUGGCCGACCUGAUUUCUUUUGGCGUGGCCCCGGCCAUGGUGGCCUUUACGAUCGGCAUGCGCUCUUUUACCGAUACCGUCCUGCUGACCUUCUUCGUACUCUGCGGCCUCACUCGUCUUGCGCGCUUCAACGUCACUGUCUCGACUCUCCCCAAGGACGCGACCGGCAAGAGCAAGUUUUUUGAGGGCACCCCCAUCCCGACUUCAUUGGGCGUGGACGCCGUGAUGGCAUACUGGGUGUACCAGCGCUGGAUUCACCAGGACCUGCCUUUGGGUGUGUGGGCUGAGGGCACCGCUUUCGAAGUCCACCCAAUUGUGCUGGUCUUUGUCGCACACGGGUGCCUCAUGGUCAGCAGGACCAUUCGUAUCCCCAAGCCUUAG